AAUCACCAACAUCCGUACAGAUAGAACAUUUAACCACCAUCCAAUUCAUUAUAUUCAUUGCAUUCACAAUGUCUGUCGAACCCCCCGCAUCCAGGAAUCCCAUUCGGCACCUUCCCACCGACCCAGCAACCCAGCUCAUGUUCCGAGACGUCAGCUUCAUCACCAAGACCUUGCGCAGCAAUCUUGUCUCACAAUUGGCCUCUGAUGAUAACGUGGAGGUGUACUCGAACAUGCUACGCAACUUGGAGACGCGCACAGACCUUACCCAUCUCGUCAUGGCGGAGAUAGAACCCGGUGGCACUCUGGGAUAUCUCGCCAGAGAACGCGCUAAGCUGUCAGAAAAUGCUGCAGACUCGGCACCAUAUCAUUUGCAAAGCAGAAUGGAAGCUCUGUCCCGGUAUUGGUAUGAUCUGCGCGGCGAUGCACCUCAGCAGUGGACCCCAGAGUUUGAUACCGUCACUAUUGCUCCAUUCAUUAUCAACACAGACGAUCAAGCGCUGUUUGAAACUCUCGCCGAUAUUGGUCUGCCGGAAGAGCAAAUCAAGGAGGCUGAUACCGAAUUUGAAAAGUUUCGCAUCCAACACAGUAAGACAGCUUCGUAUUUUACCCGCCAUCCACCUAUCCCGAAGGCUUUUACCGUCCGACCCGGCGUCGAUAGCAAGGCGCUUUAUGAUUCCGUUCGUGACAGCAACGGUCAAGUAGCUCGUGACAAGAUGAUAAACCAUCCGGACUUUCUACCCAUGUAUUUUGAGUCACGAAAUAUGAUGUCACUAGAUGUGCCUUGGACAUGGGAAGACCCAGAUGCCCCAGGGCUCUCGGACCAAGAGAGAGAGCGUCGGGAGAAGGACAAUAUCCCAAGACAUGAGAAGAAAAUGGCCGAGGCCGCAGCAUUUGGCAGCAACGACGAUAACUUUGAGCCUGAUAGAUGUGUUGUUAUGUAGGCACGUAACGGGUGUUGGUUGGAACAAAAGUACAGACCUAGCAACAGAUAGAUAAAAGAACACUAAUAUCAAUAUCUCGCUUGUUCAAGAUGGCUCUUGAAUAUAAAACAGUCAAUUAGGGUGCGAGUAUAUAAG